GGAGACAGACAUCUAAUUUUGGAGCUGGUUAAAAUGGUUAAACAAGCACCGAAGGAUUAUUGGAAGUUACCAUCGACAGACUGCGAAGAAUUUGGAGAACCGUCUUGUAAAAAACGAGCACUUUCUAAACCCGAAGACAAGCACAUUUUAAAAUCCGAGAAAAAAUCUGAACUACAUGAAAAGAAGAAUCCUAAUAUCAGGGAAGAAAUUAAUAAAUUAACAAAGCUUGUUAAAUCUUUCAGUCAAGACGAAAAUCUAAAUAAAAAAUUGCGUAACUUGUUGAAAGGAUACGUACAGAUCGAAGUUUCAAUUAAGGAAAUUUAUGAUGGAGAAACUUACCCUCAAGGAUUUACAUAUGUUGCUGGAAUUACUUGUCCAUCGUGUUUAUUUGUGACCAAUAUCACAAAAUGUGGAACAACAAAAGGUAAAAGUUCCAGAUGGAUAAUUUCCAACUUCAAAAGACACAUUUUCCAACACCAGAAAUCUACUGAACUUACUGAAAAGCGAGACAAGUCCUCAAGUAAUGUUCUUCACUUGCUGCAAGCGUCCGCCAAAUCACCCGCUCUUCAAAAGGAAACAAACUACGAUUCUAACAGCAAUGUAAUUGGAGAUGUAAUUGCUGAAUACACCAUAGUGGAUGAUGAGUUGCUGCUUUCAGAAGUUUCUCCAAAGGAACCUGAAGCCUCAACUUCAACAUCGCAGUCAACUGUGUCAUCAAAAAAGGAUAAUAUACAAGAUGGAACGGCGACGGGGGAAUGCUAACCCGAGAUGAUUAUCGAACGAAUCAUCUCGUGGGAAAAUUAAUUUCUAUAACAAAUGUUCGACCCAAGAUUCAAUCACGUAGUUCUUUGCGCCAAACACGCUUGGCAAGAAAAAAGCGAAAAUUGUUUUCGGUAGAUGAGUUCCAACCGCGAAUUUCUAUGUACUUUCCGGUUCUUAAUCAAUUACAGAUAGAACUUCAAAAAAAUAAAGAAUUAAGUAAUGCUUUAAAACUUUUUUUGGAAAAGUCGAGCAAUAAUUCUAAUAAAGAAUUUUAUCCGGCAUCAACCGUAACACAAUCUUCGUUUUUAAAAUCUUUAGUAGAUACUGCUAAUAAAAACACAGGCAAAAAGAAAAGUGCUCGGUAUAAUGAUACCCUUAAGCUGUUUGCAACUUAUCUAUACAUUAUAGGGGGUAGAAUGCUAUACGAAACGUUGUGUACAAAUUUGCCACUGCCUUCGUUAAGCACGGUAAGCCGUACUUUAGAUGACUCAAGUGCAAUAAUAAUUGAAGGCGAUAUUCGUGUUGCAGAAUUAGUAAAUUUCUUACAGUCAAGAAAUUUACCUACAGUUCUAUGGCUUAGCGAAGACGCAACCAGAAUAACAGGUCGGGUACAAUAUGAUUCUAAAACGAAUCAACUUGUAGGCUUUUCCUUGCCAUUAGAUGAAAAUGGCAUGCCUAUAAAAAGUUCUUUUACGGCUACUUCUGCAAAACAGAUUGAGGAGUAUUUUAUUAAUAAUACAGCAGCUAAUUUAUUGUACGUAAUUAUAGCACAGCCAUUAGUAGAAAAUGCUCCUUCAUUUUGCCUAUGUUUAUACAGUUCUGAUAACAAAUUUACAGCUGAUGAUGUAAUUAAGCGUUGGAAUUAUAUGAUUCAAAAAUUAAAAGACGCUGGCAUAACAGUACUUGGCAUUUCUUCUGAUGGAGAUCCGAGGUUACUUAAAGCAAUGAAAAUAUCGUCAAACAUUGGCAUUAUUAGGAAGGCAGGAGAAAGGCAAACAAUUUCACCAGUAUUAAAAUUGGAUUCAAAUCCUAACUCGAUUAUGUUGAAUACGUCUUUCAUUCAAGACACUGUGCAUAUUGGCACUAAAUUGAGAACAAGACUUCUAAAGAAUUCUAUCGUAUUGCCAAUGGGUAGUUACAUUGCUUCAGCAAGUCAUUUAAAAAUUCUUUACGAAAUUGUUUCUAAAGAUAAACACUGUUUAAAUCAAAAAGACUUAUCACUCAAGGAUAAAAUGAACUUUGAUGCUGUCAUAAAAAUAUCUCAUCCAAGAGUGCGCGAGCUCUUAAAAACUAAUGUCCCUGGAAGUGACGCUACAAUAGCAUAUUUAAAUAUUAUUCAUCGGGCUCUUAAUGCGUUUUUAUGUAAAUUGAUGACCCCUUUGGAACGCGUUUUCAAUAUAUGGUAUUGUAUCUUUUUUUUACGUUUAUGGAGAGCUUAUUUGAAUGAUAUACCGGAAUAUUCUAUAACGAACAAUUUCAUUACUCUCAAUACAUACGUAUGUUUAGAAAUCAAUGGACAAAAUUUAUUAAAUGUGAUUUUAAUUUUAAAUAAGAUGAAUCAACCCGAACUUUUUGUACCAUUUUUAUUUAGCAGUCAACCAUGCGAAAGCUUUUUUCGUCACUUACG